CUUCUCCCAAGCCUCUCACCAUCUCUCUUCUUUAAAUGACUCUUGAUACCCAAGCAUUAUAUUUCAUUUCAGUGUCAGGUUUUGUUUCUUCUGAACUUUCAAAAGUUCCAUUGUAUACACUUAUUCCACUGAGUUUUUUCUCUUUUUUAAAAGAGGCCUCGUUUACCUCUCAUUUGUAGACCAAUUUACAUUUUUCAUUAUAGGACUCUUGUAAUUCCUACCAGAAGCAGUCCCCAAAAUGAGCUUUUGCAGUGGACUAAAAGAAUUCGGGCUCUCCAACAAGGGGUGUAGAGGAGCUAUGGUUGUCCCAGGCCUGAUAGCCUGAGUUCUAGCUUGGGUUUCCAGUCCCAUCUCCUUAUGCCAGGCCUACUGGAUUUUUUUUGGGGGGGGGAGGGAGGAGAAAUAGCUAUAGUUUGAAAUUGGCUUCAGAAGAAUCAUUUUGACUCCUAGACCCUGAACUAUGUUUUAAAGAACAAUUAUCAGGAAAAAAAGCUGAUAAGCAUCCCAGCUAUAAUCUUAUUUCACCUGACUUGAAUAUGUAUUGAAUCCAUUCUGUCUCCCUGAUCCCAUAAUCUGGAAGUUUUCUUUGCUAAUUGUCAGUAGGAUGAAAAUAAGCUGGAUAAAUGAUUAGGGCCUGAGGACUUAGAACUUUAGCACUAUAACUGAGAGGAGUUUCAUAGCCCCUCACUAGAUUGCCAAAAAGGUCUAUGACCCAAAAAAAGAUCCAUUAAUCUUGGCCAACAUUUUUUAAAGUGUGGUCUAGGAGUCACUAGUGUCCCUGAGACCCAUUUGGAAAAUCCCCUAAGGCAUUUUAACUAAAACAUUUUCAUUUUUAAUAAGAUAAACAUUGAUAAACAUAACCCAUGUAAAUAAGAGUUCCUAAAGGUGAGGUCUUCAAUUUUUAAGAAAGGAUCCUAUGACCAAAAAGUUUGAGAAUCACUGAUCUGGGAAAAACUAAUACACAUUAGUCGGCCAAUAAGCAUAAAUUUAUUAAACAUAUAGUGCAAAAUACUAUGCUAAGCUUGAAGAGGUGAGUCUUACUGACGUCACUCCCAGGUAUACAUGAUGAUUUAAAAAACAAAAAAACCAAUCCUGGGUGCAUUUGGGGGGGGGUAUUGUUUUGGAGGUGUUUUUUGGUUGUUGCUUAAAGAUCUUUGAAAGACAGUGGGCUAUUUUUUUUUAAGAUAAUGUUUCUUCUUUUUUUAAAUCAUGUUUCUUUAAAAAAAAAUGUUGUGAGCCAAAAAAAAGAAAUAAUUUUGGUAUAUUUGGCCUAUUGUCCUAACUCAUCCAAGAUCUUUUUUGGAUUCUAACUUUGUCAUCAGGUUAAUUCUUUCCUUCCUUUAUGUCUACAGAUGUGUUUAGUAUGCUAUCUUUGUCUCAUCCAAAUUAUAUUAAAAUAUAGGCUUCUUGAGAGCAAAAACUAUUUUUACCUUUAAAAAUAAAUCUCUAGUACACUUAGCCUGGUACCUGGCUGAUUGAUAGUUAAUAGCAUAAGACUAGAGCAUUCUGCUGGAAACUUCCUUCUAAAUUGAUGACUAUUAAUAACUACAAUGGGGAUCACGCAGGCCAAUCCAGAUCUAGGUAACUACCUGUACUGCCAUAUGGACUACCUCUGUCCAUAAAAACUAGCCGAUUUCCCUUCUCCCCUGUCCCCCAUUUUACAGCUAUAAAAAGCUGAGGCCUAGAAAAAUUAUACAACUAAUUUAAGGUCUUCUAAAUAGCAAGUACCUAAAUAGUAGAGGUAAGUAUAUAUUUCCAUCACCAGCCUGAAAGGAGCCCUUCUUGGCCCAUGACAUAGGCACAGACAUUGAUCUAAAGGGAAUCUCUCUGAUAAUGUUUCUUCUUUGGAUCUUAUUCUGAGGUAUAGUUUUUCUUUUAAGGUAAUGUUUUCAAUGUAAAUUCCCCACUUCUAAUCAUUGUAGCUCCUCUUUCAAGAUCCUCCAAUGAAGUCAUAAGCCAGUGUUUGUGAGAUUCCCCUUGUUGCUAUGGAAAUAAAAAUAGUCACACAAUCAUCCUUCCAGUUCUCCUUGUCAGCUUUGUGCCGAGGCAAGUGGAGGAGCAGCCACCCUGGGUAGAUCUGGAUCUCAGUCAUGAAAAAGCAGCUGUCAGAAACCAUGGCGAGCCCAGGAAAGGACAAUUACCGGAUGAAGAGCUAUAAGAACAAAGCACUGAACCCAGAAGAAAUGAGAAGGCGACGAGAGGAAGAGGGAAUCCAGCUCCGUAAGCAGAAACGAGAGCAACAGCUUUUUAAACGAAGGAAUGUAGAACUAAUCAGUGAAGAUGCUGCCAUGUUUGACACACUACUCAUGGACUCCUAUGUCAGCUCCACCACUGGGGAUAGAGUGAUCACAAGAGAGAUGGUGGAGAUGCUCUUUUCUGAAGACUCUGACCUGCAGUUAGCAACCACACAGAAAUUCCGCAAACUGCUCUCAAAGGAGCCAAAUCCCCCCAUAGACGAGGUGAUCAAUACCCCUGGAGUAGUGGACAGGUUUGUGGAAUUUCUGAAGAGGAGCGAGAACUGCACGUUACAGUUUGAAGCUGCCUGGGCCCUGACCAACAUUGCCUCCGGAACCUCACAACAGACCAAAAUUGUCAUUGAAGCUGGGGCUGUCCCUAUCUUCAUAGAAUUACUUAACUCAGACUUUGAGGAUGUACAAGAACAGGCAGUCUGGGCCCUGGGAAACAUAGCUGGUGACAGUUCUGUCUGCAGAGACUAUGUCCUGAAUUGUGCCAUCCUCCCACCGCUGUUGAUACUCCUCACCAAAUCCACACGGGUGACGAUGACCCGGAAUGCUGUGUGGGCCCUGUCAAACCUGUGCCGAGGAAAGAAUCCACCCCCCGAGUUUGAGAAGGUCUCUCCCUGCCUGCCCGUGCUGUCCCGCCUGCUGUUCAGCAGCGACUCGGACCUGCUGGCAGAUGCGUGCUGGGCCCUCUCCUAUCUGUCCGAUGGCCCCAACGAGAAGAUCCAAGCAGUCAUAGACUCCGGCGUCUGUCGGAGACUCGUGGAACUCCUAAUGCACAAUGACUACAAAGUGGCCUCCCCUGCCCUUCGAGCAGUGGGCAACAUUGUCACGGGGGAUGACAUCCAGACCCAGGUGAUUCUCAAUUGUUCAGCCCUCCCCUGCCUCCUCCACUUACUGAGUAGUCCCAAGGAGUCAAUACGGAAAGAAGCUUGCUGGACCAUUUCAAACAUCACAGCUGGGAACAGAGCCCAGAUACAGGCUGUCAUAGAUGCAAAUAUUUUUCCUGUAUUGAUUGAGAUCUUGCAGAAAGCUGAGUUCCGCACAAGGAAAGAGGCUGCCUGGGCCAUCACUAAUGCCACAUCCGGAGGAACUCCUGAGCAGAUCAGGUAUCUGGUUACAUUGGGUUGCAUCAAACCUCUGUGUGACUUGCUGACUGUGAUGGACUCUAAGAUCGUCCAGGUUGCCCUCAAUGGCCUGGAAAACAUCCUACGGUUGGGCGAGCAGGAGGCCAAGCGGACGGGCACGGGAGCCAACCCCUACUGUGGCCUCAUAGAAGAAGCUUAUGGCUUGGACAAAAUUGAGUUUCUCCAGAGCCAUGAAAAUCAGGAGAUCUACCAGAAGGCCUUUGACCUCAUCGAGCACUACUUUGGUGUGGAAGAUGAAGACACAGGCCUGACUCCUCGGGUGGAUGAGACACAGCAGCAGUUCAUCUUUCAGCAGCCUGAGGCCCCCAUGGAGGGCUUCCAGCUAUAAUGCCUGCCCAGGGGAGGGGAGGGAGGGACAAGAGGAGAGCACCACAGACUGGCCCCUGCAGUCCUGGGUGGCAGCGGCGGGGGCCAGGAGGUACAGCCCGGCUCCCUGCCCCAGCCCUGGAGACUGCCCUGGCUGCCCACUCCCUCCCUUCCCAGGAGGCCCCUCUGAGGACAGGCCAAGGCCGAGGCUUUGCUUUCGUGGAAGAAGGGGGCUUGUUUUUCCUCUUUAUCCACUGUAUUUUUGCUGCAUACCUGUCUAACCCAAGAGCCCAGGGUGGAAAAAGGAGGACUGAGGUAACCAAUUUGCACCUUUUUUUUCUUUUGUGGUGAUUUUUCUCUUCCUCCUUCCCUUUGUCCCUUCCUGGACUCUGCCCUAGGCUGUUUCGAUCUUACUUUGGGUACUUGAGCAGAUGGAAUAUUCUGGUAGGGGAUGGGAGGGAGAGGGGAGGGAGAGAAUCCAAAAAAAAAAAAAAAAUAAGUGUUCAUGCUCUGAUGGAAUAUUAAUCCUGGAUGCUUGGAUUGAGUCAUUGAAGCUUUUUCUUUUUCCUUUUGCACAUUUUACUCGUAUUAUAAUUCCUCCUGUCAUUUUGGGGACAUCCUUGGGACUCUUAAGAGUAUCACGUCCCCCUUUUAAGACCUGGCUCUCCCCAGUGGCUGGUACAUUUCAGCAAAAGGGAAAACCGCCAUGAUGUUACCAUUCUGGCCCCCUUCCCUUUUGCCUUUCUGCCUCCCCAGGGCAGGGGGCAGGGCCUUUUGGGGAACCAGUCCCACCUUACCUGGUUUGGGACAUGGGCCUACCUUGUGGUUACAAGAAUGGCCUCAGGGAAGGGGAUGGUAAAGGCCCUCAGGUGGAACAACCCAGAUGUAGCUACUGAUCCUGCUUUUCCAAAACUCCCUCCACCCAGCUGUCAACAUGGUGCAACCCUUAACGUCAUUGUUUACUUGAAAUUCUCCCUUAGCUGGGGACCUGCCCUGAGGGGUGACAUUUUCUCCUGAGUUCAUGGUAGGUGAUGGUCUCUUUCCUUUUUGGGGGGAAAGGAACAGGCCUCAGCCUGAUUUCCCCCAGAGGGAAUGCAGGGAUUGCCAGAGACUUGUGUCUUUAGCCUUUCUUGUUCCUCUUCCACAGCUGGAUCAUGUUCAUUUUACUUACAAAGGAGAGAAUGUCAAAGCUCUGUAUUUUUUAUAUUCUAUAUAUUAGGUAGGUGAGUCUUAAUUGAUUUGGGGAGGGAACAGAUCUAUGAGCUGUCUUAAUUUCUAUAAAUAGGAUGCUGCGAGGCAGACAGAGCCUACUGAUGGUAUCUCUCUCUCACUUAAUAGGUUCCCCUCCUUCUCCCUUCUUGCCUGAGCUCUGCUGGCUCAAAACCAGGUCAGACUUGAGUUGACCCAAGAUUUUUUCCUACCCAAGCACACAAAAGUGGCCUAGGGCUUGUAAAUAAAAGACCUUAGAAGAGGCAGGGGUAGAAUGUGCUCCAUCUUAGUCUUGCUGGACUUUUCCAUAAGCCUAAGGUCAUAGAGAGAGCAGGAGGUCCUGACCAAGCUGACUCUGGUUAGCCUCUGAUGAGACCCCAGUCUUUGUCUAAAACUGCAAAUAGGAGGCCCACUGCUGACCAGGUGACUCUUUGAAGGAGUGAAGGCGGGGAACAAGAACCCCAAAGGAAGGGGCUCGGGCUCUGGUCUCUGGAGGGCCGUGUCAACAUGGCAAGCAAAACUUUACAUUCCAGCGUUAACAAGCAGACUUUAGUUGGUCAGAAUAAAUACUCUCUCAAAUCUACACACCUUCCCUUACUCUGAAAAAGAAAAAAGGAUGCUUUUGUACAAAUUGGCCAUUUUUGUUUACUUUGAACAUAAGACUAUGAGCACAGUUCCUACAUUGUCCUGUUUCCCCAGACCCUUUUAGGCAACAAGGUCCUUUCUGUCUCAGUCUAGGAAGGCCAAGGAGAAUCCACAGAUUCUCCCCAUCACAUCUUCAAAGGAGUUGUUUCAUUGGCCAAGAGUUUUCUAUUUGCCCUCUUCUCCCCUCUCUAUAUCCCAAGAUACAUCAGACUCUGGCAUUAUCUUAGAAGCUGUUAUAUUGGCAGCUAAAGGUAAGAAGCACAUAUCCAAGAUUUCCCUCUCCUUUUAGAAGCCCAUUAACAAGAGUUCUUAAGGAAUCUAGCCCUGGAAGCCUGGGUGUGACUGCCCAGUUCCCCAGAAGGAAAGAGGACUGGCAUUCCUAUAUAGGUAAGAGAACACCCAUGUCACUCACAAGAUUAUCUUUCCUCAAAUGAACAGAGAAACUUUUUUACUGAUGUUUUUGAUUUGAAAAGUGACAGUAUUUCAGAAGAAUCCAUAUUGAGCAGCACUUCAGGCUCUGAAACUCCUUGUGAUUAAAAUAUCCUUCAUCUUGCCAAAACACAUCCAACUGAGCCCAGUGGUCCAGACAGCAAGGGAUUUGCCUGACCUUCAGGCUACUUCUCAAAGUUCACUGGACAUAGAUGGGAGCUAGGGAAACACUGACUGCAAACUGAUUUUCAGUCAGGCUUUUCUUUGAUAUGCAACCAUUCUGCUGCUGCUCUGCCUUAAGGAGGUAAUGACGACUCCUUCAUUCCUUGCUUAUCCCUUUGUUAUGUUCCCCAAAACAGAGAACAAGGGAUCCCUUUGGUUUGUCUCGUGCCUCACUUCUCUGAUAGUUUUCAGCCCUUCUUGAUUUUUGUUUCUGAGAAGAUUCCUGUACAUCCCUGGGUAGUCUUACCUGCUGGCAUCUCUCCCUCUGGCCCUAGCCUGUCACUGGUUUCUUGACUGUUAAUGCACCUGGCUCCCCGCCCAAGUCUACAGACUCUGAAUGAGUCUGACUGAGCCUGGGGGCCUGGAAGGAAAAUGACAUGGAAGGUAAGGAAGUAGUCUGAGGAGGGCUGCAAAUCUACAGACCUCAAAGCAGCUUCCUUCUCAAUCAAGUUACAGCCUCAAGCUUCAGGACUUUUGAAUUUGACUUUGCCAAGUGAAUGACCCAUAAUCAGACUUAGAAGCUAAGUUUUUGUGAGUACUACUACAAAAUAUUUACAAGGACCUGAGGGGGUAGGAUGGUAUUGCUUAACCAAAAUGAGCCACUGAAUCACCAGCCAUCUCACCUCUCUGCUCCAUCCAGCCCAAAUGGUCUAAUUCCCACCCCAUGAUCAUAUCUGGACUCGUGAGGUCCGUGGCCCUCCUCCCCAUAUAGUUUCUUACCUUUUUUUAGAUGCAAGUAAUGUUUUGCAGACCUCCUUGGCAGCUCUAUCCCACUUCCUUUUAGUACUUGCACUGAUUUUGCCCUUUGCAAGCAGGAACACAUGCCACAGAUUCAACUGCCCAGGGACCUAAGAGCCCCCCUCUCCCAGCAGCCCUUUGAACUCUUAAUUUAUACUGAUUAGAAAAGCCUUUGCCUACCUUAAAAGUUGUUUUUAUAGUAGACUAUCUUUUCAACUUGGGAACAUUAUAGGGAGAUCCUAUUUAUGGAAGAAUUCAAAGUGUUUGAGACUCAUUUUUUAACAUGUUCUCUGGGUCAGCAUUGCAGGCGUGUGCAAGUCCCUGUGUACAUCUGUGUCAUGGGAAUCCAUUUGGUAUGACAGAUGCAGAGGCCUGUGGGUUCUGUUAGAGGUGCCUUCCCUCUCGUAGCUGCCGGGGACACCCCUCUUCCUUCUCCCUCCCUUCCCCAAGUUAUCUGAGUAAAGGGACAAUGGCCAAGGGCCACAGGGAACCUUGGCUCCCGCCUUUGGAGCCACCAGCUUCUUGUGCCAAAGUCACCAGCAGGUUGGUUCUGCCUUCGCUUGCCUGAGCCUCUCUGGCUUCUCCUCCUAGGGGACCCAUCGACCAACCAGGCCUGAGCCUGGCGAAGGGGCGGGGAAUGCAGAGGCAGGCAGGUGGAGACGAGGGAGACUGGGUGCCCACCUUCCCUGAAUGUUAGCGAAAGGACAAGUCAGGCAGCUCCUUGUGGAAGUGGAAAUGGCCUGUUUCCAGCCCAGUGCUUUUGAUCCAGCUUCUCCUGGGUCUUAGCUUUGGAUUCUCAAGGACCACUGGACAGCAGUACAUUCUCAUGGCUUCGGCUCAGCAGUCUUAAGGGGCCAGCUCACAUCCUACCUUGAGUCUCCACCUGCGGUUCUGCUCCAGGCUUGUUCAUCAAGCACCUGACUUCCCGGUCCUAGCCAGGGCAGGAGGUGGAGAGCCAGCAGGAGGCUUUUGUCUGAAGUGAACGGCAAAAGGGUCCUUGGCUGCUUUGAACAAUGGACUGUUUCCCUCUGCUGCCCACCCUCAGGCCACCUCUGGUGGCUUUUGGUACACAUCCAGUGAUCCCUGAACCUUCCUUCCUGCUAGUGCAGGGCAAGCAAUCAUUGAAAUUAUUUCAAGGGUUGAGAAAUUUGCAUGGAUGAGAUUCAUGUACAUAUGGAACCCUCUGCCUCACGACUGUCCAGGUCAGAGCUUAGCUUUCACACUUAUUGAAGAAUCACAGAUGAGUUUGAGCCAAGGAAUGGGGGCUGGAGUGCAUUGUUACUGGAUAUUUACUUACCCCAGUCUGUGGAACCUUCCUAUUUACAAACCACUAAGGGAGAGAAGAAUGAGUGACACAAGCCAUGCCCCUGGCAAGCUCCCUACCUUCCCACCAGAAACAUGAGCUGGUUUUCCCUUUUUACUAAAAUGUUUACUUUUUUCCUAUGGUUCAACAAAUCUGGCUAUCUCCUCUCCUGCUCACAAAUCCCAAAUGUUCUUGGAGGUCCUUUGGUAUGCAUUAGCCACAGCUGGGUAAUUCUAGACUGGACACAGGGCAAGACAGACAAUGGAGUUGAGUGCGAUGAGUACAGACUUAACAAAUGAUAUUUAUAUACACAUCAAUUUGAAGAGAAAAAAUGUAUUUCUUUAGGUUUCAAACACUGUGUAACAAAUAUAAUGCAAAAAUAAAAACCUGUUGAAAAGUU